AUGGUCUUUUUGAACAAAGGUUCUCCUUCGGAAUUGGACGAGAUGGGAGUAAGUCAUCACCUGAUGCCGUUUUAUUUCACUGGACAUAAUUUUUUUCUUAUCUCUCAAGCACAAUAUAAUUUUCAGCAAGCUCGAGCUCACGGCGCCAAGGAUCACAAAAACAAGGCCUGGCAGGACCAACAGCUCACCGCGCAGCAGCGUGCGGCCACCGGAGACAAUCCCGAAGGCAUUGCUACGGUUCGUACCACUUAUUUCCCUCAUUACUUACGUGUUCCUCAGUUUUUGUAAUGUCUCAAAAAUGUAGGUUAGAGUAUUUUAUGACAUUUUGGCUCCUAGAUCAAUUUCAAUGCGUUCCAUACCAAAAAUUUGUAAAACAGUUCAAUUUGUGUACUACUAACAUCCUAUUUCUUCGAUUACAAUUUAAAAAUCGUAAGUUCGAGAAUGUCCAGUCCUAUGUAAAGCUUUUCUACGGUUGUCUGAGAACGUUCAGAACGUCAUUUUGUAGACUGGGCGUUUCUCGGACUUAUAGUUUGUGUUUCUUAAUAAUAAUUUCAUCAAAAAUUUAAUCAUUUUUAAUUAUGUCAUCCAUUUUUAGUCCGAAGCCCCGCAUUUCGGCCGCGAUCAUAUUGUUACGGCCGACCCCAAGCCCUCAACUUUCCUGUCCACCCCAACUGGAAUGGUUGGCAUGGCCGCCGCCGCUGCUGCGGUCCUUACAGUGGCCGCCAAAGCCCUCCGAAAGUAA